GUGUCGAACGAGUAAAAGGAAGUAGUCGCGGAUAUGCUUUCUUCAUGGAAUCAGCUCCCAUUAAAUAUCAAGUUCACCGUGAAUGCAAUCUGACACAAGUUGGAGGCUUGUUAGACUCAAAAGAGUAUGGUAUCGGAAUGCCACUUAAUUCACCAUAUCGUACCGCAAUUAGUCAAGCAAUUUUAAAUUUACAAGAAGAAGGAACAAUUCAAGAACUUAUAACGAAAUGGUGGGAAACUAAAGAUAAGGAUGAAAAUGGCAAUGAAAUCGAUUGUGAAGCUGAUGAUUCAGAGCAAUCUGAUACACCCGAGCUUGGUAUGGACAACGUGGGCGGGGUAUUCUUGGUUUUGGCUAUUGGUAUACUUCUAUCUAUUUUGGUCGGUAUUCUAGAGUUCAUUUGGUCCAUCCGACGCACCUCGAUUGAUGAACGGAUUACUCCAUAUGAGUCAUUCAAGAAGGAGUUCAAAUUCGCCGUGAGUGUAUGGGAAAAUCGUAAGCCAGUUGCGCGUAUGUCAAGUGCUGGCAGUUCAAUACGAUCAAACAGCUCAAAUGGAGGCGAUGAAAUGCAAAUGGGUCCGACCAAAAAUGCAAAACAAAACGGAGUCAAUGGCUAUUGACUUGGAAGUUAUAAAUGAAAUUCGAUCAAAUGUAGAAUAGUUUGGAUUUAUUUCCCGUAAAUUGCUUAGGUUUAUUCUGCUUUGCAUUGCAUCGAUUCAAUUAUUUUACAUUGCUUUUAUUUGAUUCAUUUUCUGAUUUUCUUUAUGGAAAUUUCCGGGACUGUAUCUUCCGGGACUGUAUCAUUAUCUAUGAGUGCUUUGAUGAUUUCAAUGAUUCUAGGUUCAUCCUCUCCUCUCAUAAAGGGAAUGUUGUUGAUCAAGUGGGUAACACUGCCUUUUCCAUUAACGAAUUCCCGGAUCAAAUCUCUAUUUUCUGUUACUGAUCCUUGAUAUUUGUUACGAGCAUUGUUGAUGUCAUAUUGAUUUACUCCCUUCAAAAAAAAUCUCAUUGUGCUACGAUCGUUGUUUUAGUAAAUAAUACACUCGAGCCAGUGCCAUAUUCAUCUUUAUUUUGGAUCUGAGAGUAUUGAAUAAGCAUUAUGAAUAAUGUUGAAUUUUUCCAUUGCAUUGACCUUUUCAUUAUCUGCGACCCGGUCUGGGUGAUAGAUACGAGCGAGUCGAUAGAAACCUUUUUUCACUGCAAUGAACACGCAUUUAUUAUUAAAAAAAUUCUAAGUGUAAAUAUGCACUGAUUUUACCAUCUUGAAUUUGUGCGUCACUUUUUAACUGGAGGAUUUCGUAUAAAUUUUUGGGUCCAAAAUAUUUUUCCGAAUUCAUGAUGAACCGAAUCACAAAUAACAUGCAGUCACAAUUUGACAGUUGACAUUUAUCAACGCUGAAUUGAUGGAAAUAUUCAAUUCAGCAAUGCAAUAUUACCGAGCUAUGACUGUCACAACACAAUCGUAAACAACACAAAUUUUCCUGAGUCAAAUGUAUGCAAUGAAACUACAAAGCUGAAUAAAGUAGAAAUUUGGAAAUAAUGAUGUAAAUAAAUAUGUUUUAGCACAA